AGCUUCUUUCCUCCGGGAGCCCACGGCGGAUCACACGCGCAGCCAGCACCGGGAGAGCUCGACGGAAACGGGGCGGGCUCGUCCGUGCUAGCUCCCUUUCCUUUCAUGGGACAAAAACCGAAAAACAGAGACUAUCUCCACUGCCAGGUGUGUUGUUUAGGAAGCAUGCAGCAGAGACCACUUCAACUGUCGAUACCUCACACAAUCAGAAAGGAAUGCAGACGUCUACAUGGAAGCAUCAACCUUUUUUGGGAAAAGAAAACAGCUGGACAUUCUUUCCAAAUAUGUGGCUGCUCUUUAAGAGGCUGGUUUUCAGUUUUUUUAUGUCUGUUUUUUCCUGUUCUGACUUGUUAAAUAACAUAUUUUGAAUACGAAUAUAGAUUUCUUAAAAUUAUAUAUAUAAAAAAACCUCUUCAGGUAAUGAUGCUUGGAUAAAUCCCACUGUAAUCAGAUUACUUUUUAGCCUUUAUGUCUCAAGUACAGAGCUGGAUUGAUUCAAAAUAAUGUCUUUUGGUUGAAUUUCACCAAUUAAAAUGACAGGAGCUACAUGUCUCUCUGUCAGCAUUGGAUGAUAUGGAUUGUAUGUGAACUUGGUGAGUUGUGCAUUGUUUGCUUUGAAGCAGAGCGUUUUGAUUGUUCUGGUGGAGCGGCAUCUGUCCAAGCAGACUCUUCCUUCUUUCUCUUCGGUUUCAGGUGACUAUUCAGCGAGGAGCUUCAGUCCCACGCUCCACUGCAAUGUAAAUUGGAUAACUGCGGCUGACGUGGCUGAAGUGUCGCUGCUGCCUUUAAAGAAUAUCUGUUUGUUGAAAAGCCUGACCUCAUGGAAGGGCCAAUAUUGUCUUUCGGCUGGACCUGAAUGGGGUUCUUUGUGUGUCUGUGGGCAUGUGAUCCCAGAUAAGCAGCCCCCUCCCUCAGCACCUCCUGCCCUCUGGAUUGAACGUGCACGUGGUGGAGUCGCUGCUGCUCGGAUCCAGCUGAUUACAGCACGAGUUACAGCGGCGAGGUCACGGCUGCUGUUGGCAGCUGGUGCCUGCCCCUCCCCACCACCACAUGCAUGCCCACCCCAAGGAGAGAAAUCAGCCACUCUAACCAGAAUCUCAUGGACAGCUGCUGACAUCUGUGUUUGAUCCCAAAUAAAAGAACCAUUCCAGCAGCCCGACCUCAGUCUGCAUCGGUCAGAGACUUGGCUAGCAUGGCCGCCCAUCGGAUCAGAGCCACCAACAACACUUCUCUCCCACGCUGCAAAUCAGAGGGCACACUAAUCGACCUCAGUGAAGGAGUGUCUGAGGCCAGUCUGACUGAUGUCAAAGUGCCUUCCCCCAGUGCCUUAAGACUUGAUGCCACUGCUUCCUUUGGAACAGCCAGGGAAGUUGUUGCCAUUAAAGACUACUGCCCAUCCAGCUUUACUACACUGAAGUUUUCAAAAGGCGACCGCCUUUAUGUUCUCGAUGCAUCAGGAGGAGAGUGGUGGUAUGCCCAUAACAACACAGAGAUGGGGUACAUUCCUGCUGCAUACGUUCAACCCAUUAACUAUAGAGACUCGUCCUUCAGUGACAGUGGAAUGAUUGACACUGUGGGAGAGAGUAACGAGGAGGCAGCCAAAGAAAUUGACCUCUUAGGAGAAUGGUCAGGAGUGAUUCUGAAACCAACAACCUUCCAAAAUGGAAAUCCAUUUACAACAAACCAUACCUCUACAAACCCUUUUCUAAAUGGGAGUCCUCAAAACUCACUUGAUCAGAACAGCAGAGAGAAAUCUAUUGACCUCCUCCUCUUUGAUAUGGUUUCUCCAUCAGUGCCGAACUCCACCAGCAGCACUGCCGACCACAGUUUUGGCAGUGCUGGUUUCCAUUUAAACCCUCUCAAUCCCACUUUGGACGUGGGGCAGACGUUGCGCAGGGAAAACCCUUUUUUUAGAAGCAAACGUUCCUACAGCUUGUCUGAGCUGUCUAUUCUGCAGGCUCAAACAGAUGCUCCCCAGGCCUCCAAUGGUUUCUUCAAAGGCCUCAAAGCUCCAGCACCAGAACAAUUUCAGAGCAGGGAGGAUUUUCGCACAGCUUGGCUUAAUCACCGGAAGUUAGCCAGGUCUUGCCAUGAUCUGGAUUCACUGGGCCAGAGCCCUGGCUGGGGACAGACACAACCAGUAGAGACCAACAUUGUUUGUCGGUUGGAUAGCUUAGGAGGUGCCGUCCAACUUCCAGACACUAACAUUAGCAUCCUCAUACCCGAGGGCCACGUGGCACCAGGAGACACCCAACAGAUUUCAAUUAAAGCCCUUCUUGACCCUCCAUUGGAGCUAAACAAUGACCGCUGUACCACCGUCAGUCCUGUUGUGGAGAUCAAGCUGAGCAACAUGGAGUGCAAAACUACCAUCACGCUUGAAAUGAAAGUGUCAGUAGUUGUAAAAGUGGAGAGCAGAAAGACUACUGAAGUACUGUGUGUAAGAAGUGAUUGUAAGGAAGGACCGUACAGCCCCAUUCCUCAAGCAUACGUAUACGGUGACACAGUUCAAGUGUGCCUGGACAACCUUGAGCCAUGCAUGUAUGUGUGUGUAGUGGCCCAGACUCAGUCUAUCGCUCCGGACUGCACAGUUUGGGAGAAUGUGGUGAAAAAGAUCACAUUAGGAGUAUAUGGUCCCAAACACAUUCAUCCAUCCUUCAAGACAGUUGUGGGAAUGUUUGGCCAUGAUUGUGCCCCAAAGACACUGCUGGUGAGUGAUGCCAGUAAGCAGGCACAGUCCACACCCCCAGUUGCACUUCAGCUCUGGGGUAAACACCAGUUUGUUUUGUCCAGACCUCAGGAUCUCCAUGUUGGUGUUUACUCCAACAUGGCCAAUUAUGAAGUAAAAGCUAGUGAACAGGCCAAGGUAGUCCGGGGAUUCCAGGUCAAACUCGGAAAAGUAAGCAGGCUGGUCUUUGUAAUUUCUUCCCGCGAUGCUGAAGAUGUUUCUGAUUUCACUUUAAGAAUACAGGUCAAAGAUGAUCAAGAUUGUAUACUGGCUCAAUUUUGCGUCCAGACACCAACUCCUCCACCAAAAGCAGGUCCAAAGACAUCUGUGCAAAGACGAUUCCUCAAAAAGAAGGAAGUAGGAAAGAUAGUUUUGUCUCCUCUUGCUGUCGCCACCAAAUACCCUGUCUUCCAGGACCGCAAAAUAAACAACCUAAAGUUUGGAAAAUUAAUCAAAACUGUCAUUCGACAAACAAAAAAUCAGUACUUGCUUGAGUACAAAAAGGGAGAUUUUAUUGCUCUGUUGAAUGAGGAGAAGAUUAAGCUGAAAGGUCAGCUGUGGACCAAAGAGUGGUACAUUGGAUAUUAUCAGGGUAAAAUUGGUCUUGUUCAUGUUAGAAAUGUGCUAGUGGUUGGGAAAGUUAAACCGAUUUACUUCAGCGGGCCUGACCUUACAACAUCCCUGUUACUGGAGCAGAUUCUCAAACCCUGCAAGUUCCUCACCUACAUCUAUGCCUCUGUAAGGACUAUACUAAUGGAGAACAUCGGCAGCUGGCGGGCAUUUGCAGACGCCCUUGGGUACAUCAACUUGCCCUUGACUCAUUUUUGUCGGGCAGAGCUGGACAGUGAGCCGGAGAGAGUGGCAUCUGUAUUGGAGAGGCUGAAAGAGGACUGCAACAACACAGAAAGUAAAGAGAGGAAGUCCUUCCAGAAAGAACUGCUAACGGCUCUGUUGAAAAUGGACUGUCAGGGUUUGGUAGCCAGAUUGGUCAUGGACUUUGUGCUCCUAACCACUGCUGUGGAAAUUGCUGGACGAUGGAGGGAGCUGGCUGAGAAGCUUGUUAAGAUUUCCCGCCAGCAGAUGGACGCUUAUGAGGCACCGCACCGUGACCGAAACGGAGUGGUAGACAGUGAGGCCAUGUGGAAGCCCGCCUAUGACUUCCUGGUCACAUGGGCAGCUCAGAUCGGCGACAGCUACAGGGACGUGAUCCAGGAGCUGCACAUGGGUCUGGACAAGAUGAAAAGCCCCAUCACAAAGCGCUGGAAGCACCUGACUGGCACGCUCAUCCUGGUCAACUGUCUGGAUGUGCUGCGAAGCUCCGCCUUCAGUCCAGCUGUUCAGGACGACUACGCCAUCUGAGGCCCCUCCCAUUCCCCACCACACGCUGCAGAUUUGCUGUCCACUGUCGUACAUGGUGGUUCUGUUACUGCAGCACUGCCUGCAGUUCUUCAAACACAGGGAACUCCAGCAGACUGCACAGCGCUGCGUGGAGCUCUGUGACUCCCAGCUGAUCUUGCACUCUUCUAUAUUUUUUGUACUCUAGUUAUGGCACAGCAUAUUUGUAGAGCGACUCUCUGGACUCUUUGGUUAACAACUGUGGAUUUCAUGCCAAGAGACACUAUUUUUAAGUAAAAUGAUUUUGUCUUGUAUGUAUAAAUAAUACAAUUUGUUACCUUAUUGCUCCUGUGUCAGACCUGCUAUAUUUAUUUGUUUUUCUCUAUCACAUAGUCUCUUUUGACAUUUUUUACAACCAGCAACAGCAACAAAGCAUUUAAAAACAUACAUUUUCCAUAACUUUGGGUACACAACACAUCUAUGGCGUAACUCAACAUAACGAGGAGCAGAUUGGGACUGGAGUUUGACUUAAUGCAUCUUUUUUUGGUUGAAAGUGACUAACAUGCAAUGCUCACUAAGUGAGACGAAGUUGCUUUACAAAAACGAACUGCAAAUGAUUCAUGCUGCAACUCUCAAAUGUAUUAUUUCAACCAAUAGGCUAUGGGAUAGGUUGACAAAGACAUGCAGUUCUUGAUAGUACCAUACCACUUGAUCUGUUUCAGGUAAUUUGUGGUCUGAAACAUUUCUACUAUUUGUCCCUAACACAGAAGGAAAUAUGACAUAUUUCUCUGUUUCCCUCUAAUUUUCAUCCAAAACACUGACUGAAAAAGAACAUUUUUCUGAAAAAACACUAAGCUUGCAUUAGGGCCUAAAGAGCUGGACAGACAAUUCAGGUCUAUUAGCUUGAUUAGAUUUUGUCGGAUAAGACAAAAUCUCCAUUUAAGGUCUGAAUUACUGCAUUGCUUCUCCCACUGAUGCUUUGCCAGAUAGUUGUACAUGUUUGUGUGUCUGACAUUUGAAGAAAAAUGCCUUUAAAUGCCAUUUAGUGAGACUAAACUUCUGUUUACUGGGCUCUGUCUGCUAAUGAUAUAUUGUUGUUUGCAGGCCCUCUUUCUGAGGAACGCUGGAAUUUUAAAAUAACAAAUAUGAUUUCACAUAACCUCAAGAAAUGUUAUGAGUUAAGUUUAUUUUAAUCAGAAACUGUGUGCAAGGUCAGAAUCCCAUUAGCUGAAGGUGAGGAAGUGCACGAAAAGAAAAAUUUGACUUUUUAUGCUGUUAAAAAAUAGAUACAUAAUUGUGCCUUUUUGGAUUUUAGAUGACUUUUUUUUUCUAAAUGUAAGCAGGAGUUUGGUGACAUUUCUGUUGAGUUUCAGCUAAAACUCCAGCUGGACAUUUUUUUAAUUAGUUUUGGUAUUCUUGUUUUACAAUCUUUAUUUUUCAAAAAACAGUAAGAUGUCAAAGUGGUAUAUCAAUUUAAAUGAAGGAAUAUCAAAGUGCAUAACCUGUAAAAGAUUCCAUGUUUUUUUCUAUUUGCUCUAGCAGGAACUUAAAAACAUGAUUUGUACCCAAUGUUUCACAUUAAUUUAGUAUGUAGUAGAAUUUAGUUUGUUAAAAUACAGAAUCUGGAAAAUAAAAGAUACCAAAACAAAAAAUAAAUAAAUAAACUGCC